AUGUCGCGGUUGAACAACAUAAUAUCCCAGUCCUAUUUCAUUGUCCCCAGGUUCACCCUAGAAUCUGGUGUGGAGCUGCGUGACGUUCUUGUUGCCUGCAAGACCUGGGGUCACCUAAAUGCAACAAAGGACAAUGUUAUGAUUAUUUGCCACGCUUUUACUGGCAGUGCCGAUGUUGAUGACUGGUGGGGUCCGCUGAUGGGAAUGGGGAAAGCCUUCGAUCCCAAGCGGUUUUUCAUUUUCUGUGCAAACGUUAUUGGGUCACCCUACGGUACUUCUUACGGACCUGAAUUUCCUGCUUCAACUGUACGUGAUGAUGUCCGGCUUCAUAAACUUGUACUUGAUCACCUAGGCACUGCCGUACUAGAAUUGCCGCUCUGCACAUCACCCAACUACGUCCGCCGUGUUGUUCCUAUCGCUACAUCGGCUCGCCAUUCGGCCUGGUGCAUCAGCUGGGGUGAAGCGCAGCGUCAAUCAAUCUACAGCGACCCCCAUUAUGCCGACGGUUACUAUUCCUCGCAACCCGCCUCGGGACUGGCUGCAGCUCGUAUGGCCGCUUUGCUCACCUACCGCUCGCGUGACUCCUUCGAUAAACGGUUCGGCCGGAAGUAUCAGUUAAAAGAGUCUCCACCACAGACGCUUAAUGCACUUUCGGCCUACAAUGACGGCCAUAAAAUUUCACAAAAUGGCUGCACUCCGUCGCUAGCGCCAAAUAUCUUCUCUGCUCAAAGCCAUCUUCGCUACCAGGGCCACAAGUUCAUUGCUAGGUUCGACGAUCUAUCACGGGGCAGACAUAGCCUUGCUCGUGCACUCUCUCAGCUUCCCCGAGGCGCUCUAGUCAUCGGCAUCGCUACAGACGGCCUGUUUACAACAACGGAACAGCGGGAGAUUGCUGCUCAUAUUCCUGAUUCCGAACUGGUUAUCAUACCGUCACGAGAUGGACAUGAUGGGUUUCUGUUGGAAUUUGAAGCUAUCAAUAACCACGUAAUGAGGUUUCUCAAAACGCAACUACCAGAAGUGUACGGAUGACGAUUCGAAGUGAAGAAGACGAGUAUUCUCGGAGAAGCCGAGGUGGGUAUUACGCAAUAGUAGAGAAACGAGAUUCAUUUCAUUGCUUGAUGAUUCCUUGAGAAGGAAGCUAUACAAGAGUCCGUCCGCGCACGAUACCGAACACCC